AUAGCCGACCUUGGGCUGUCUAGAAGUUUAUCUGAUGCAUCAAAAACUAAUACAAGACUUGCUGACUAUAUAGCAUACAUGGAUCCUCAGUGCCUUAAAAAUUCUGAUCAAAAAUUACAGGAAAUAGAUAAGGAGUCUGAUAUAUACAGUCUAGGCGUGCUUUUAUGGGAAAUGUCUAGUUUACGUCCUCCGUUUGAAGAAAAAAAUAAUCUGUAUAUUCAGAUAAUGAAUGGUUGUAGAGAGACACCUAUUUUAGGAACCCCACCACAAUAUUCUACUUUGUAUACUGAAUGUUGGCAAGAUGAUCCGAAAAAACGACCUACUAUUGAUAAAGUUGUAUAUGAACUCGGUGACGACAAGAAUGAUGGCAUUAACAAGACAAGUAAUCCACUGAAUGAAGAAGCGUCAUUCCCUGUACCAAUGGAAUAUGAAGUAACAAAGACCAAAGAAAAUCAAUUUCAUAGUGCCUUAGAAGUAUCAUCAUACUUUGUACCUUUCGCAUCAUUAAUAGAUAUAUUCUUAAAAUUAGGGGAAGAUAUUAUAACUUUAUAUAAAAAGGCAGAAUAUAAUAAACAUUUAUGUAGUUAUUUCACAAAGCGUGUAAAUUUUGCUGUCGCAGUUAUGAAAGAUUUAGAAAUUCGAAAGCAAGAAAAUUUAGAAUUUUUUGUGGAACAAACUAAUCUUCAACUUAUAGAUAUUAUAACUUUAUAUAAAAAGGCAGAAUAUAAUAAACAUUUAUGUAGUUAUUUCACAAAGCGUGUAAAUUUUGCUGUCGCAGUUAUGAAAGAUUUAGAAAUUCGAAAGCAAGAAAAUUUAGAAUUUUUU